AUGAAAAAAGAGUUUAAGGAAUACAAUGAAAAGAACUUCCGGAACAUUCAAUUUAUUUACGAUUUUUUGGAUAAGACUGGAAUGAAAAAUAGUGUGGAGGCAUUGAAGAACGAGAGCAAAAUAAAUUACGUAAGGGAUUAUGACAAGUAUUUUUUAGAGAAUGGCAGCAAGUAUGAAGCGGACGAGUAUACGAACAAUCCAGAUGAGAAAGUAGCAGAUAAUUCAAGCAAUGUUCCAAGUGAUAACAGAAGUGACAGUCUCAGUGACAAUUUGAGCGACGACUUUGAAAUUGAUCGCGACUUUUUUAUCCACACGAUUGAGAAAAUGAAGAAUACAGCUUUGUGUAAAGCUAUAGACAUAUUCGAAUGCGCAUUAAAAAGUAGUAACAGCAGUUGUAAGGAUGCCAAGGAAAAGGAGAAAAAAAAAAUGGACAGUGCAGAAAAGGGGAACUGUUUCCAAAACGGCGAGACCUUUCCCGACUAUAAAAAUUUUUUCACAGAAUCUUCAGGUGAUAAUUUCGUAGGGAUGAAAAAAGAGCACAACGCAUAUAGUCAGGAUAACGUGCAAAAUGACUGUACAAAUAUUGGUGAAUAUAUAGGAAUUUCUGACAAAAUAGAAAACCAGACCAAAGGCGACAUGGAUAAUCAUAGCAGAAAAGCUAAAGAUGGAUGCAUACUAAAAAAGCUGGCCGAAAAUUUGAAGGACAUAUCUUCGUUAUCGAAAAACCAUUUGAAGUUUCCCUCAUCAAUAGAUGGGAAGUUACGAGCGGGGGUAAGCAGCAAACAUGACUUAACCCCUACAGGAAAACCGAACGAUGAAGUGGAUGAAAAUACGUCCAAAUACGAGGCGAUGUUGGACCAAGAAAAAAGCAGCAUUGGCAAUUUCCCCUACAUGUUUGAAAGCGUUGAGGGUGCAUAUUCGUCCUGCGAGAAGGGAAAAAAUUACUACUUGAGUGGGAAAAAGAGCAAAAGUAUGAAUGGGGAAGGCGGCAGAACGGUACCUAACAACGCAGGAACGGACAGCCAUAACGCAAGGGACGUGCAGAACUGGGACAGCUUCUUCACGUACGAAAGGGAAAUCUGCAGAGAGUUGAAAGUAAAAUACAGCGGCGGUGCAAAAGGCAAAAACGAAAACAACAACGGGGAUGACAACUACAUCGGAUCGACGUCCAACAUUUUAGUUGUAAAAUAUGUGGACAUAUAUAACCUGGACACAUGUCAAAAUAUGAGAUUCGAGAAUAUAAUUUUUUUCAAACAUUUUUUCCCAAUCCUGCUGCUGGUAGGGUACGCAGAUGGCAACGUGAAACUUCUUUUAAUACUCUACGAGAAAAGCGACAAUGAAAAUAAUGCAGAGGAAUGCAUUCACAUAAUCAAAGAGUUGGACCAUCUAUCCCUAAGCUCACCCAUAAUGUUUAUCGAUAUAAACUACAAGGAUAAUAUAUUUAUCGUGUCCACAAUGAAUGGAGAUAUAUUUAUAUGCAAGAUAAAUAUGAGCAAUCUAUCCAUUUUAACAGAAAAUGUUGAAUUAAAUCACUCCAUUGAUGAUAUAAAGAAGAAUGUGAGAACGGACGAAAGAUAUAUUAGCAUUAUAAGAAAUUUAACGUAUCAUAAUAAGUACUCCAUCAAGUGUGUAUUUAAUCAGGAUUAUUCACUUUUCUGUUCCAUAGCAAAUGAUAAAAAUUUAAUUAUUUACGAAAAAAUUACGAGUGAAAAUGAUAUGUCCGUAAUUUAUGAAAAAAAAAAAGUUAUAGGAUUGCCUCAAGUACCAACAAGUGUUCUGUGGGUCAAGGAAAAUAACAACAAAGAAAUGAUAAUCACCAGCAUGCUAAGUAGCAAUCAUGUACUUUGUAUAAACAGCAAGACCUACAACGUAGUGGAUAAAAUUUACCUAUUUGAAGAAACAGACAAAUAUAAUAUCCUCAAUUUAGAAUAUAAUAAAAAUAAAAACAUUUUGGUGAUAUGCACGGAUACGUCUAUCAUUUUUGUCUACUCCUUUAUUAGCAAAUCGAUUAUUAGAAAAAUUUAUGGAUGUGUUUUAAAUUCCCUUUCUUUUCCAACAAUUGAGGUAGACAUAAACGGAAAUAACAUUUAUAUCACGUCAGACGAUAAAGCGAAUGGUACCCACAUUUUAAUUUUUGACAUAAAAAGCGGAAACAUCAUUGAUGCUAUUAAUAAUGGCUAUAAAAUCAGAUGCUUUCAAUUGUUAAAAAGUUAUAUUUGCCCAUUUUCCAGUGAAACCAAUUCGAAUAACAUUGAAGAAAAUAAGAAAUCCUUGCUUAUCUUGGGAUCCUUUGACAAGAAAAUACAUUUUUACUCUAACUAA